UUGUCCUCACAAUUCAUUUAGCUGAACGAAAUCAUCUUCGUCAUUUAAUUUUUAUCCCAUUUUUUAGUUGUUUCCUUUUUAUCCUAAUAGUUUUGUGUUUAUUUUCUUGUGUCCAAGUUAAUUUUGUUAAUCAUGUUUUCGAACUUUUUUAAACGUCCUUCUAUUUACAUCUUUAUUUUCAGUCAUUGGAUUGCCGUAUCAUCAGGUAUGCUGGGAUUUGAUUGGUUGCGUCCUGUAACAAAAUUCUCUAUUGAUAAAACAGUAGAUUUAACCUCUGAGACAACAACGACUGCAAUACAAUCUUCAACACCUACAACAACUACAACAUCGUCAUCAACAUCAUUUACCAGUGAAUCGCCAGAAACAACAAAGAAUUCGAAUACAGAAUCACCCAUGGAUAAGAAAUCAGAAUCAACAGAAGCAUUGAAAACAUCUACAACAACAGAAUUAUCGAAAACCGAUGAAUGGCCUGAAGAUCAUGAUGAUAAUCAUGGUGCAUCUAAUAAGGAAGAUGAAUCGCGGCAAUCAUCAACUACAACUGUAUUUUCGACUACUACUCCUUUUACUACAACCACCGUUACAACACAACCCCCUACCACCACUACUACUGAACCUACACCAACAACUACACCUUCAUCAACCACAACCACUUCCACUGAAACUUCAACCACAACUAUUAGUCCAACUACUGAAGAUCCAAUCACAUCGUCAGCUAAUUCAAAAGAUAAAGAAAAUAGUCAUUCCUUUCGUGGCGCUCCUAAUAAUGAUGCCAAUAGUAGUACUAGUACUGUCGACCCUUCUGAUUCUGGCAAACCUGAUCUCAAUGAUAGCAUCGCAACGCCAACACCACUUCAAAGUAACGAAAGUUCGAAGCCUGUGGUCACCCAGGAAGUAAAUAAUAAAUCUAAUUCAUCUGAUUCCAAUUUAUCUCCUGACGAGAUUGCCUCAGCAUAUGAUAUCUCUCGAGAUCAACGAGCCAUUGGAAAGGAAGAUGGAACCAAAUCCAGUGAAACAAUUACAACUGUCUCAACCUCUACAAUGGAAAAUGUUACAAUUAUAGUUAACACAACAACCAGUCUGAUUCCUACAACGAGUCAAUCAAUCGUUGCAAUUGAAUCAAUUGCAAGGAGAGUAAAUACAAGUUCAGCCAAUUCAAUUGGAUCAUUUCAAUUUUUAUCCAUUCUAUUAUUUUCCCUGUUAAUUACACAAAUUUCUCUCUAAAAUUGUUUAACAUUUUAACCCAAUAAUUAUUUAAUUUACAAAUGUAAUUAUCGAAAGAAACAAAAUUUAUAUUCACUCAUAUGUAUAAGAAAAACACUUUAGCAGCAAAAUGCUGUGUGUCAAUUUUUUGAUCAAAUUAUUUUAGAUUAACAAUAAAAAUUUAUUCUUAAUACUGAA